GUUCUACUACUACUUCUACUAAUCUUUCAAAUAACAGCUCUACUGCUAAUUAAUUAUGAUGAAAAAGUACGUGAAAGUUCUUCUUCCUCAGUAAUAAUGAGGUUGUUUGGCUUUGUAGUCACAAGUACUAAUACUACUGGUAAUGGUAAUAAUCUUAACAAAAAUGUUAAUACUAAUACUACUAAUAAUGAUUCUACUAAUAAGAGGUCAUCAAUAAUAUUAUUCAAGUGUGAUUAUUGUGGCCGGGAGUUCGCCAAUUCCCAGGCAUUGGGGGGUCACCAAAACGCUCACAGGGACAGAAGAAGUCUCUCGAAGAGGCGCCGCCGUCAGCCGUCUCAUCGUCCUCUUCCUCCGCUACCUCCUCCUCGGCCGCCUGUUUAUCACGAUCAUCAUCGCCGUUUUGCAGUAGUAGGUGUCCCGGUGAUCAUAGGCGCCGCUCAUCAUGGCGUGUUCAGACCAGUAUCAUCUUCAUCAUCAACCGCAGCAGCAGCAGCAGCUUCUGUUCAUAUUGGUGGCCCCAGGUGUAUUGUCACACCGGCCGGUGGUGUCGCAGCUCGAGUCCGGUGCGUGUUGUCUCCAUGGCCGAUAAUGUCAUCAGUACAGAUAAGAUCAGGUAGCACUGGAGGAGGGGCAAGACUAGUUCAGCUUUCUAGAGCUUUCAAUGGCGAUCAUCAAGGCAUCUCUACGGCCAGAUCGGAUUCGUACGGGGACACUGUUAUUAAUGGUAAGGACAAUGAUAAAAUUCAAGGACACGUUGAUCAUCAUCACAACGUUGAUCUCCACCUGAGGCUCUAGCACCCUCUAAUACUUAUUAUAUUUAACGACCUACCUCAGCUAAUAAUUAUAUGUAUUUAUAUCAUUAUUUCCAGUAUAUGAUAUCAUAAUCCUUAUCAUCUUACAUGCAUAAAUAAAUAAUCAAAUUAUGAUCACCAUUUUCUUUUCUUAUC